GUUUUGUAAGUAAACUGGGCCGAUUAAGAAAGUUCAGUCGCGAAGCCAAUGUCUCAACUCUGUUGAAUCGAAAUUCCUAAAUCCAAAUUCGCAACUACGAGUUCAGAAAUGGAAGACGAAGAAGAUCCUCCGCUUGCGGUUGAAAUCGGCGAAACUAUUACUGCUGCCGGGCCACAUGAAGAUGAAGGCGUUUCUGUCGGCGUUACCGUUAUCACCGGAUAUCUUGGAGCCGGAAAAUCCACUCUGGUUAAUUAUAUACUGAACUCGCAACAUGGCAAGAGAAUUGCUGUUAUACUGAACGAGUUUGGUGAAGAAAUUGGAGUUGAGAGAGCGAUGAUAAAUGAGGGUGAUGGCGGGGCUUUGGUCGAGGAAUGGGUCGAAUUAGCAAACGGAUGCAUUUGCUGCACCGUCAAGCAUAGCCUGGUUCAAGCCCUAGAGCAACUUGUGCAGAGAAAAGAAAGGCUCGAUCAUAUUUUGCUGGAAACUACGGGGCUAGCAAAUCCUGCUCCACUGGCUUCGGUGCUUUGGCUGGAUGAUCAAUUGGAAUCGACGGUCAAGCUUGAUUCAAUUAUUACCGUUGUGGACGCUAAAAACCUUAAUUUUCAAUUAAAUGAGCACCGAAGUUCAUCAUCAUUUCCCGAGGCAUUUCAUCAAAUUGCAUUUGCGGAUACUAUUGUUCUUAACAAGGUGGACUUGGUCUCUUCCAAACAUGGGGGUGGUGGUGCAUUGGAGGACCUGGAGUACGAAAUACGUAACAUUAAUUCCCUUGCCAAAAUCAUUCACUCUGUUCGGUGUCAAGUCGACUUGUCUUUGAUACUAAACUGCAAUGCCUAUAACGCUACUAAUACAGGUCAUUUAGAAGCAUUGUUGAAAGAAAGCCGUUCCCUAUCCACCAGAGAUCUUCAUGAUACAGGUGUUCGAACCUUGUGCAUUAGUGAUGACAAUAAAGUUGACCUUGAUAAGGUUCAUUCUUGGCUUGAGGAGAUACUUUGGGAUAAAAAGGGUGGCAUGGAUGUUUAUCGUUGUAAAGGAGUUCUAAGCAUAAAGAAUUCUGAUCAACUACAUACUUUGCAGGCCGUGAGGGAAUUAUACGAGAUCGUUCCUACUCGCAAAUGGAAUAAUGGAGAAAGUCCUAUGAACAAAAUAGUCUUCAUAGGUCGUAAUCUGAACGAGGACGUUCUCAGAGAAACCUUKAGAGCAUGUGCAGUCUCCUAAAUUUUGUAGCUUUACAAGUUGCUUGAUUACAAAGGAAAAUAAGCCAGCUGCACAACAAGAAGUGCUUGUGGUAUCAGGUAUGAAUCACGAAUUGUUCUGAUUCCAAAAUGCUUUCUGGUCUUUCUUCCACGUGAUUCAAAUUUCAACUCAUUACAACAAUCCCAACUAUAAGAAUGUGAGAAACUCAAAGGUUUUGGGGUAGAAGAAUUUGAAGAACGUGAAGUUUUUUUUUUUUUUUUGGUAAAUCUUAGGGGAACGUAAAAUAGUUCGUUUUAAGUUGUUUGAUUUUUUUUUUUUAGAAUUCAAACCUCUAACUUUUUGAUCGAGGAGCGAGAAUAACCAGUUAAGUUAUGAGUUAUGCUCAAUUUUAAUUUGACUUUACAACAUUUGGCAUCUAGUUUUGUUGCUUUCCAUUGGRCUACUAGACCAAUCUAAUUGUGAUGAAAUCUUUUCCUUUUCUUA